AAAUGCAUUCAUUGUAAUAAAAAGACUAUCAACUGAUUUCGAACGGUUAAAAACUAUAGCUUCUGAGCCCACUCAGUUCGUUUGGGAUCUAGAGAUGCAAUAUCCAACAGAAGAAGACUUAAUUGGAGCAGCCGUGGCUAUUGGUCGACUACAACUCUUUUACAAGUUGAACACUACACAUCUAGCUGAAGGAAAUCUGCAAGGCGUAAUUGGUUCUCCGAUGACUGCAAAUGACUGUUAUAAUUUGGCUCUGAUAUUGUACAAGCAAGAAGGUCCACACAACUUUAACUCCCACGCUGCAGAGUGGUUCGAAGUGGCCCUUGAAAAACUCAACAAUGAUCAGAACGAGAUUGCAUUUACAGCUACUGAAGUCAUGAUGUACAUCGUUAAGUCCUAUCAUCGCUCGAAUAUUAAUUCAGACUCAAAAGCCUAUGCGUGGGCAGAAAGACUACUUGUUUUAAAACCUAGCGCUACCAGUGAUUUUAUUAUGAAAUUUUAUGAAAAUGCUAUUGUACAAAACAGAAACAACGCUAACUCUGCUUAUUUUGACUUAUGGAAUACAUAUACUGCAUUAUGUCGUAAUGAAGCUGAUGUCUCUGCAACAACUUCAAGCAAAUUGCAUUGCUCGUAUUUAAGUAAUAUUCCAUUCUUAAAACUGGCGCCGAUAAAGAUGGAGGAAGUUCACAAGAAUCCAAAUGUUUUCAUUUUUUAUGACAUCCUCAGUGACGAAGAGUUUCAAAACAUAAAAACAAUUGCCGCUCCCAAGUUGCAACGCGCCAAAGUUGUUGCUGGUAAAUACAGUGAAAAUCGUAUUAGCAAAUGUGCAUGGUUAUUUAACAAUAUUACUGCUACAUCAAAACUGAGACAGCGUGCAGCUGAUUUUACUGGGCUCAGUCUGUUACACGCGGAACCAUUACAAGUGGUCAAUUACGGGAUAGGAGGCCAUUUCGGUUGGCACUACGAUGCUUACCUUAAGAGAGACGAUAUUGACAAAAAACGUGGAAACAGAAUAGCUACAGUUCUAUUUUAUAUGACCGAUGUGACCCAAGGCGGAAUGACCGUGUUUGCCGAUCUGAACUUGAUAGUAACACCGAAAAAGGGUUCAGCUGUAUUUUGGGAAAACCUGCAACCUUCCGGAGAUAGAGAUGUUAACACUAUACAUGCGGCAUGCCCAGUAUUAUACGGAAGUAAAUGGGAUGCCGUGUCGCAACGUAACGCCACUUACGCACCACAUCAUCUUUCGCCGGUUCGUCUCCUGGCCCCUUGGCCGUUGCGCACCACGUGGCAUGUAGGUAGUUCUAAUUUAUAUGUAGUACAUACAUCGCACCGUCACCACUCAGUCGUUGCAAUGCAUAGUGUGUCAUCGCUCUAAGGGAGUCAUCAUACGUAUCGACUCGGAAUCAGUCAGAAUAACCCGUAUGUCCACUUCCCUAAUAAGAAAACAUCCUUUGGGCCUUUCGCGUCGACGGUCCGAGCAGAAGUGAACCGCGCAGUCUUUUUCGCU